GGUGGUACAAGUUUGCGCUCUUCGGCUUUUGCCGCUUGCGGGAGGUUGCGGAGCGCGCGCGGCCGACUCCUCGACUUCGGAGCUGAAGCUCGGUUCGGCUCGACUCGAAUCGGCCAUCGUCGGCACGGUGGUUCGUACGGUUGAACGAGGGCGCGCGACUACGAGCGAGGAAGCGAGGUAGCGAUUAGUGAGGUAGUGAGUUCGUCGUCGUACAUUUGUUCGUUCGUUGGUUGGUUCAGGCGGGUGUGUGUGUCGCGCUCGCUCGCUCGCUCGCUCGCUCGCUGCGUCGCGGUUGCGGUGCGGCCACGACCCACGACGACGGUGAAGGGUACUGCGAGUUGGAAGACACGUUCGUGGCUGCUGCUGGCAGUGCUGGCUAGGCGGGCGUAGGCGAGGUUCCGUGACGGCCGUUCGGUGGCGCAGCAGAAAUUCCCCGACACGGCACGGCGGCGCACGACUCGCGCGCGGGUUGGUCAACGGCGUGGUGUGCGUGCGCUUACCGUCUCGUUCUUGCUCGCUCAUGCGCGUGUGUGCGUGUGUAUACGUGUAUACGUAGCUGCGUACCGCUCGGCCGCGCCGUACGUAUACGUAUCUGCCCCGAGAGAGUCUGUCCGCGCCUCUGACUUGCUGACAUGGCGUCCUAGUGCUGCGCACGGGCCAAGUUGCACGUCCUUACACACACACCCACACGCACACGCGCGCGCGCGUGCGCCACGGAUCUUCGCUCCACUUUCUCACCCUGUGUCGUCGUCAUCAUCCUCGGUUCAACGGCGAGGAUGCCAAGAUCACGAGUAAGACGGGCACGAUAAUUCUUGGCCGAUGAGGAGCAGAGCAGCACGAGGGCGAGUAGUAGAAGGAGCAGCAGUACGAGCAAGAGCGAGUGGCUUCGUCGUCGUAGAAGGUGGUGGCGGUGUGGAGAAACAGAAGAAGGAACGAGGACGAAGUGGCGGCGGCAGCAGUGGCAGUGGCAACGGCGGCAAAGCGGCGACGAACAGCCAGGUCCCCCCAUGUUAGCGGAUAUCAACGGCAACCUGGCGGAUCUGAGAAGCGAAGCGAUGGCGUCGCAGAGAUUUUGUCUGCGUUGGAACAACCACCAGAGCAAUUUGCUCUCCGUCUUCGACCAGCUGUUACACGACGAAGCAUUCGUCGAUGUCACGCUGGCCGUUGAGGGCCAGCUACUCAGGGCGCAUAAGAUGGUGCUGUCGGCGUGUAGCCCCUACUUUCAGGCCCUGUUCGUUGGACACCCUGACAAGCACCCGAUAGUCAUUCUCAAGGAUGUUCCAUAUGUGGACAUGCGCAGCCUCUUGGACUUUAUGUAUCGCGGUGAGGUGAGCGUCGAUCAAGAUCGACUGACCGCUUUCCUGCGAGUCGCCGAGUCCUUGAGGAUAAAGGGCCUGACCGAGGUAAAUGAGGACAAGUGUGAUUUGCCAAGUAUAACGUCCUCGCUGUUGGGCGGCAGCCAGAACGCAGUGGCACCGCCGCCGCCCAGUCUUCAUCGGAUCAACCAAAUCGGUCCGCAUCAUCAUCAUCAUGUCGCGCAGAAGAGGUUCCAUCAUAUGUCCAGUCAUCCGUUGCUUGGUUCGGCGCUGACAGCGCCCAAGAGAAAACGUGGCAGACCCAGGAAGUUGAGCGGUUCGUCGGAUACGCCAAUCGGCGAAAUCGGCGGUCAGGACCUGCAGUCCUGCUCUGGCGCUGAUCUAGUCCAGGGCUCGCCCGAAAUGAUGGAAAUGAAAAUGGGAUUGGACUUUCAGAGCGAGGUUAGCGGUAACGGUAGCGUGAGAAACGCCAGUGCCUCCUCUUCCAACAACGUUGGCGCCAAUUCCGCGACAGCCACCAAUAAUCCCGCUGCCGCCGCCUCUUCGGGAUCAUCGUCGACGAGGAGAGACGAGCCUACGGAGAACGGUACUGAUACACCGGAACCAGUCACGCGGGUCAAACGAGAACCAGAACCGACGCCCAGCACCUCGGCGCAAGCCUCGGAUGAGACAUUCGCGCGGCCGCACAGUAGGCAAGGGAGUGAGGGUUUCAAGCAAGAGUUGGAGGAGACGUCGAGCGGAGGUGGUGAUAGCGGCGAGCCGCCGACUCAUAUCCGCAUCAACUUCGAGCGAUGCUUUCGUAAAGAGUUCAGCACGUCGACGUUGCAGGGUAAAGCCGCGUCGACCGCCGCGGGCGACGAUCAGCAGCAGCAACAACACUCGGACACUGAGAUGGAAACGAAGGCGAUGUCGAAGGACAGCAUAAGCAGUGCCAUAUUUAGCGUGAUGGCCGGCGAGGCGGAAAUCAGUCAGAGCGACUUCGAAGGCUCGUUCAAGACCGAGAACGAGCGCACGGAGGGUUCGGUGCGGGACUUUUGCGUGAAGGAGGGCGACGUUUAUCGAUGCACCGUGUGCCAUCGCACGUAUACACACAUCAGCAACUUCUGCCGGCACUACGUCACCUCGCACAAGCCUAACGUCAAGUACUACCCCUGCCCGGUCUGCUAUAAAGAAUUCACCAGGAAGGACAACAUGGUCGCUCACGUCAAGAUCAUACAUAGUCUUAAACCGCACAUGAGUCUCAACAAUAGUGGCAGCAGUAAUAGUAGCAGCAGCAUGGGUCAGCCGCGGUAGACCAUCGCUGGCUGGGCAUCCUCUCAGCAUGUUUUCUCCCUCAGACCGCGUUUCUUGGAUCUCGCGCAUAAUUCCGUGAUACCGGAAAUGCUGUAAAUCCAUGGUAUCAUUUAUGAUAUCGUAUGACCGCGUCCAUGAUAUGAUAUUACGAGAUAUUCUAAGAGUUCGUGACAUCAAGAUUUUCUAUGCUAAGCCGAGAGAAGCUUUAAUACCGGUGAUUAACGAAUAGAAAGAACGAAGGUUCUAGAAUUGAUGGUGUCAUAGAUUAUGAUACCAAGGAAUUACGGUAGGAAAAAAGGUGGUUGGGGGUCUAUGAUGGAUGAACGUCAUAGGUAGAUUUGCGGGCCUGAUGCGCUUGCCAAAAUGAUAAAAUCGAGGAACGCGAAGAUGAGGGAGAAGAAGGGAGAUACAGGAGCUGAAGAAAAAUGUGAAGAGGCCAGUAUAACGCCUCGAAUGAAGUCAGUGCGCUCCUAUGAGCAGAAGGAAAGAAGGACGAUAGUUAGAUAGGUACGAGUAAGCGAGAAAACAAGUAGGUAGGUAAAUGGUUGAUCUUAUAAAGUGGCUGUACUCUUCUGAGAUGGCCAGAGAGGGUGGGUACACGGAAAACAAGUGGGUGUGCAAGAUUCUAAGUUAUGAACGUCAUCGCCGGAGCACGCGUUCCUUAGUUUUCGCGCGAGCGUUCUCUAUGGCAGUUUUUCCGGUGUGCAAAUUUAAUCAUUUGGACGUUAAUCGUCUCUAAUUUAUAAGGUGAACAUAUCUUGCGAAGUAUGUGUUUUCGCUAUUCUAAUAUUACACGACGUGCAUGUUGCAUGAGACUAGCUCAAUAUCUUGAUACCAAAUCUAUGCCUUGGAAGAAGAGUCGUAUAUUCACAUAUAAACACUUUGCAAUACUUUUCUACUUCCAAGCCGCAGAAUUUUUUUUUUAGGAACACUUUAAAGAGAGACACGCAAUAUAUCGCUCAAAUGAUUAACGAAGCUGAUCUGUAUCGACGCUGCGUAAUUCGUGAUCAGCGAGGCGCGGGUCUGACCAAGUCCAAUACGCACUACGACAAGUCAAGCAAAUUAUUGAAAUAAUUUCAAUGCGAUACUUAAAUGUAUUGGCGAAUCGUCCGUGACGGUCCUUUGAUAUCCCUUUUACUGGAAAAAAAAAAACAAAAACAAAAACAAAAGGUUCCGGGUAACCUUCACUACGUAUAAUUCGGGUGAUGUUGCCCUGAAUUUUGUCCCUGUUCCAGAUCUUGGUCCUGAUCCUGGUCCUAAUGUUAGUUCUAGUUAUCUUUAUCAAUCUCCGUGCCUUCGAGGACCCACAAUGCGCACGCUUCGGUAUUUCGCGUUACGCAACGUUCGUCUUGCGAAGGAUCGAGCUUCGAUAACGCUGGAAACUUCCGGAACGAUUUGCGCGCGUGUAACGAGUAACGGGCAUUAAAGUUACAAAACGAACGAGCUUUACCGCGUUUGUCCCGAAGAGAAAGGGCGAAGCGGAUGUAAAAACGGGAGAUGGAAGAGGCUUUGUACUGCAUCAUAAACAAAGAGUUUAUAUAAAUCUAACGUGCGUCGUUUCAGCGCGCGGUUCAGCGCCGUACAACGGGUAAUCAGUUGUAAAAAAGAAACCGGUUGUCGCGUAGCAAAGUAGGAGAGAGGCAUCAUGUAAAUCCAAAUUAACGCAGAGAGAAAGAAAGAAUAUAUUUACUAUUGCCUGACUAUAUAUUACGUUGCAGAAAGAAUCAAACACGCCUUGCUGACGCAGCUCGGCGAUACAUUUUUACGAGGUGCGCGCGUAUGUUUUACGCAUCCUUUGUUCAUGUUCUCCAAACACGGGUCUUUAUACGGGCCUGGUAAAAACAAAGAAACAGUAGUUUUCAAUAUUUGAUAUUGAUAGAAUAUCUCGAGAAGUCACUUGGAGUGAUUAUAUAGCUAUACAUAAUAGCAAUAAAAGAAGCUAAGCUCUUGCAAGUUGAGGAUACACCAAUUAUAUAUAGUAAUUUGUUACGUAAUUGUUGAGCUAUUGAAAGAAACUUAAUUCAAUUUGUAGGAGACUUAUCAGAUUCUCGUCUUUAUGAUAGAGAAGAAGGAGGCUAGAAGAAAGGAUGAAAAAAAAAAAAAAAUAGGCGAAUCCUGGUGAAACGUGCGCGCGCACAUGCGUUAUAAAUAAAUAAUAAGGGAACUACGUAGACUGAGUAAAUGCAAUAUAUAUGUAUCGAUGACCGUUCGCCAUGUUGUUGUUGAGCCGUUUGGAUCGCGAAAAGAAUGCCGCGGCAUUUUUUGGGGGAGCGACGUUAAAAAGGGAUGGAGAAACGGGGGAAGCGCGCAAUCUCGCGAAAGACUGCAGAGGGACGGUUUUAACGACACCAAAUACAAGAUAGUACUGACAUUGGAUAGACUGAAGGCACCUUAGUAGUAACUUAACGCCGCCGCCAUGCCGGACCGUCCUGUCCUGUUCGGCUGAGUCCAUUUCCGGAUGUCGGCGUGGACAUCCGGGGCGCUAAGUGGAGAACCUGGUGAACCAAGUGAUAACGUAAGAACAGUUUUAUGUGUCACUUGUAUCAGAGCUACACUAAAGCUGUUUUAGUUUAAAAAGUUUUACGUGUGUCGAAAGAAUUACCAUGUAACGUAGACGACGCAGUUAAUAAUUCUGGUACGAUUGGAAAGGAAUCAU